GCAACCUCGACAAAUUUCAGAGCAGCAUCACCAGAGACAACCACGGCAAUUCAGCCAUGUCUGCGACUCAGAAAGCUUCCAGGCCACUGGCGCGAUGUCUCCAGCAAUCCCAGUCCCCGAAGCUAUCCGUUAGGACAAUUCGAUCCUUCUCAAGCUCCACUCAGAACAAUGGAGAAGCCGUCGCAGCUGUCGAAAAAGUGCCCGAUUCGUGGGAUCCAAAUACAGUCACAUCGAGAAGGGGAGAGCGAGCAUUGAUGAGGGAUGGUACUAUGCCAAUUGGUUCCAGACGUCGUCGAGCGGCCAUAAAGACAUCCGAUAAUAUCCCAUUCGAACAACUUCCUUACCAAUGUUUCCAAGAAGCCCUCACGGGUUUACGUGAAGACAGGGGUGAGAAGUUAGAGUUAAUUAAAAGGGAAAGGCUACGCAUAUCAAACCUCCAAGCGCAGGAUGCUUCCACAAUAAAAGGGGGCGAGGCGCAGAAGGAAACGAGACUAGACAGCAUGAGGAGACACUUGGAGUAUCUAAAGAUUCAGGCGGACAUAAAUGAUCCCCUGAUCAAGAAGCGCUUUGAGGAUGGCGAAGGUAUUUCGAAGCAUAAUCAAUCUUUGGUGCUUGCUAACUCAUGCCCCAGGGGACAUGAACAAGCCCAUCUACCGUUACAUGGCAGAUAAACAAUGGCGUAAAUACCAGCGCCUCCUUAUCAUGCAACGUAUUGAACAACUCGCCAUUGUUCCAGAUGUGCUCCCACACUUCGAACCUACAGCCGACGUCCGUCUGGCAUUCCGCCACAGACAGGUACAACACGGAGAAUUCAUCGACUCCCGAGUUAGUGAAGUGCCAUUACGAAUGAAGGUUCAAGUCUUCGAUAAGGGUGAGAGACUUGUUAGUAUUGUGGUCAUCGAUUCAGAUGUGCCAGACGCAGAGAAGGAUGACUUUUCAUCGCGAUGCCAUUUCUUAGCAACCAAUGUGCCCUUGAGCCCAACAACUUCAAGUAUCCCAUUGUCCAAAAUCGACCCGGAAAAGAUUGUCAUUCCAUGGCUUCCACCAUUUGCGCAGAAAGGGUCUCCAUACCAUCGCUACUCAGUUUUCCUCCUCCAGCAAGAAGCUGGUCAGCCACCUCUCGACAUCAAAAAUCUUUCGAGGGAAAACUUCCGUCUUCGGGCGUUCAAGGAUAAUCACAAGGUCCAGCCAAUAGGCAUGUCAGUAUUCAGGAGCAUAUGGGAUGAGGGAACCGCUGGUGUGAUGGCAAGAGCGGGUAUCAAGGGUGCAGAUAUCGAGUUCAGGAGAAAGAAGGUUGUUCCACUGAAGCCUAAAGAGAAGGCGAAAGGCUGGGAAGCAAGACACGCAAGUGCCAAGUACAGACAGAUGUGGAGGUAGUAGCACGGUAUGUUCCGUGAAAGUGUAUAUUUUGUGUAUAGAAUAUGUACGACGUACGACUGAGUGCAGCUUUCGCAGCUAUAUAGUGAAAAUACCCACCCGUCUUCAAGUUCUUCCAUGUCCCAUCAAGUCAGGCGGGUCUCUGGAUUUUCAUCUGAUAGCUAACAGGCAUUGGUUCUCUUCCAGGUUUUCCUAUUGGGCUUCUGGUUCUGGACAACCCAGCCUGCUCUGUCUCUAUUGUGCUUCUAGUCAAUUCAUCACUCGCUCAAUUUAUCACUUGCUCAACUCAUCACUUGCUCAAUUCAUUUCUAGUCACUUGGGGCCUUAGUCUUUUUUCGCACGAUGAGCAAGAACCUCUUCUAUUGGACCGAGAUCCAGUAGCGAGCUGGCAUUGUUCUUCUCUCUUCUUUCUUACCUCCCAAAAAUGCCGAUUCCUAUUCCUCUUUUGGCACUUCUAUGUGUCAGUGACUGGGAAGUUUGGGGGGUUGGGGGAGCGUGGUGAUAGGUGCCCUUAUUUUGGGAAGUUUAUAGUAUGAAAUGGUAGUCUACUACAGAAUGGGAUUACAUGAAUUGUACUUCGAAGUACCUCGAAGUAUCAUCGUAGCCAGUGGGCGAUUUGGCGGUCCAAAAGUACAUUUAUGCGUUUCUGAUUUGAAAAUGUAAUAAACAACCUCAUCACUUCAAACACAUCUUAGUUUGAACGUUCAACUGGCGCACAUCAUCUGAGCAACAUCAGUAUCUCUAGGCACGCUCUAGCCAGUUUCCUGUUGCCCCGUGUUACGGGCCGUCCCAUUUACUUGUCCCAGGGACAUCACCACCUCGCUGUCUGUUCCCCGGCCGAAACUCACUACUACCUAGUCUUGUAAGAUACCUCCUCAUUACUCUUAUACAAUAUACAAAAAGUUAUUAUACCAAGCAUCUAGCAUAAGUAAAACUAUCAUAUUUGCAUACCUAAAUCAAAAAAGUUAAGCGGUAAUAAUUACUCAAUUUAUUCUCAACUCUUGAUAGAAGUAUUUUAGUUAUACGACGCUUUUGGAAUAUUUUUAUUCUCCGAGAGGUAUGUCAGGUAUGUACUGUACAUAGUAAUGACCACGUCUCUUUCUGAUGGUAAAUUUGAGAUAAUAGGUUUUUUGGAGGCACUUUAUAUAGCGUCUGGUAUUUUUUCUUUGUCUUGCGUUUUAAAUGACGGAUGAGAUGGAAUGUCGUGAAAUGGUGGAAGGGAAUAAAGAAUUUUAUGGAUUUUGAACAACUUGGAUUUGAGCCAGGUAUUAUGCUUUUCACCUUGAAUCGCGUGAUUGGAAAUGUGAUAACCUACCUAUUAACCACUUUCUUGCGUAAGCUAAUGAGCUCCGUCAUGGUUCCCAGGCUAUCCCGAGUCAGAAAGAGUUUCUCGAUGAGGAGAUGGAUAGAAGUGUUCAUCGAUUGAUACCACGAUGCGUAAUGAAAGAAGUAAAGUCCUAACAAAUGUGAUCAGGCUUGAGUAUGUUCUACUGCCGAAUCAAUCAAAUCCUUCUUCGGGCUUCUGGGAAUUAUCUCAACAGUUUACAUAAGUGCUCAAUUGCGGCUGUGUUCCAACAUGGCUAAUAAAGUCAUAUCGCUUUCAUUACGAUUCUGCGCUUGCCUAAGUUGUUUACCAUAAAGUCUCUCGCUUCUGGACGAAGGGGUCCUGUUUUGAGGAAGAGAGUAACGCUAAAUAUGCGAGCAAAAGGUCAAGGAGAUGUUUGGUUUCAUACCAAUCCAUAUGGGAAGAUGUUGUCCGGAUUUCGCAGAUUAUAAGCGCCUGGUCGUAUUUUAAUUUGGUUUAAUGAGAAAGGGGUUGAGGGAGUUGUAACUUGCAUCGUUAGUUACUGAAGUCCUUGAUAUUGUCUUUUUGAUUUUUAACCUGAUCACAUGGCCCAUCAUGGCAGACCAUGGGGAACUCUGCAGGUGCAAUCAAUGAGUUACGGCCUAUGUAAUUUAUUACAUCUCGUUUCCCUAAUCUGGGAAUAUUUAUAUUGACUUCAGAAAUAAUCCUAUACAUAUCAACGCCCGAGCAAAUUUAGAGGUUUGAUUAAAUUUUAGCACGGCAUAUAAUUUUUCAACCGCGAAAAUAAUGAUUGUACUAGUUACUGUCUUGCCUUAACGUUGAUAUAAUACUAAAUUACUUAAUUUCUCCAGAGAUAGAAUAAAUAGAUGGAAAUAGCAAAGAGGAAAUAAUAAGUUGGUCAGAAAGUGGUGUAUUAUCUAAUAUAUUGCUUCAAUAGUUACUAACACAGGCAUGGGAGUUUGUAAGUAUGCACUUUCUGUAGAUGUUAUCCCUCAAGGCAGAUUCCUAAACGGGAAAGUUAUAAACAAUCCAAAAACACAAGAAAUCUCGGCUAAAUUUGGCCAGGCUUUUGUAACCUUACCUUCCCUGGUCUCUAAAACCUCACGAUCCUAGCAGAAAUAACAAUGAGGUAAAUUCUUGGAAGUCUAAUCUAACCUGGUUAUAAAUGAACAUUGAAUAGGAAAGGAAAAUUGAUGAUAGAGAAAAUGUGAUCAAAUGACGGCAAAGUAAAUAGUGCUGCCUGAGGCCGGAAGGAGUUCAUGCCACAGAGUGGCUUCUCCAGACCCACUUCCCCGCAUCUCUACCCCCGGCAAUCUUUCCCGAGGUCCAUGGCAUGGAUUGGUGCGUGCCAGCGGUCUACAUUGUACAAACGGGUACUCGUAAGACAGUUUUAAUUCAUCUGCAUGAUGACCGUUCCCCUUAAUUCCUCUCAUAUUUACUUUCAGGUGACAUCAAUUUUGUCAUACACGCGCUUUUGGAGAUUCUUCUCGUUAUCGAGGCCUUUUGCAAAGCUCUACACCACUUCUUUACUUAUUAAUCCGUUAAGCCCCAUUCUACCAUAAUGGCAGCGGUUAGGAUCGCCCCACCGGGAGGUCUUUCCCCCCCUAGUUUUGAAGGAGUAAGCUAAUAAAGUAUAGAGGGCCGUCCGGGCUAUGAAUCUUCUACGUACAGUUCAAUAUACACAUCCUCCCUCCUGUCCCUGCCACGGCAACCCCGCUCAUCACCACCACCACAAACCCUCCUCCGGUCUUCUCGCUCACGCAAAACACAAUUUACAAAGAAAUUAUGCCACCCCAAUUGAUGCUACUCGGCAGAAGGAGUAUGCCUUUGAGAUGGCCGCUUCUUCAAUUCGAUUUGGACCUGGUGUUACAAAGGAAGUUGGAAUGGACUUCAAAAACAUGGGCGCGAUACGGGUUUGUGUGGUGACGGAUAGUACAGUUAGAAAUUUGAAUGCUAUGAAACAAGUUGAAGAGGGUUUGACGAGGGAAGGUGUGGAAUAUACGAUAUUUGACAAGUGUAGAGUUGAGCCAAAGGAUAGCUCGUGGGUUGCACCAUUGCUUCUGAAAUUGCAUAGCUGAUGCUUGUCCAGGAUCAAGGAAGCUAUUGCUUUUGCAAAACCAUACCAACCUGACGCAUUUUUGGCAGUGGGAGGAGGAUCGGUUAUUGACACGGCAAAGCUUAUGAAUCUCUAUACUUGCUAUCCGGAUGCUGAUUUCCUGGAUUUCGUCAAUGCCCCACUGGGUAAAGGUCUGCCAAUUGACAAGCCGCUGAAACCAUUAAUUGCCGUCCCUACAACUGCAGGAACUGGCUCGGAAACAACUGGAACUGCGAUCUUCGAUCUCGUUUCCAAGCGGGCUAAGACUGGAAUUGCUCACAGAAAUCUCAAGCCCACUCUUGGAAUAUGCGAUCCUCUGAAUACACGAACGAUGCCCUCGGCAGUACAUGCUAGCUCUGGAUUAGAUGUGUUGUGCCACAGUCUUGAAAGUUGGACUGCUAUUCCAUACUUUGAGAGAACACCAAGACCCACGAAUCCAAUCAAUAGACCUGCUUACCAAGGUGCUAACCCAAUUAGUGAUAUUUUCUCAUUACAGGCAUUGAGAAGUACGGUGAAGUAUCUCCCAAGAGCUGUCAAAGAUCCGGAAGAUCAUGAGGCACAGAGUCAGAUGUUGUUAGCUGCCACAUUAGCAGGUGUUGGGUUUGGAAAUGCUGGUGUUCAUCUGUGUCAUGGUAUGUAUAUUAACGUGCUUCGAAAAAGGAACCUCAGCUAAUUGAUGACUCAGGAAUGUCAUACCCUAUCUCAGGUCAAAAUCCCGGAUACAAACACGCAGGAUAUCAAGUCGACUCGCCCAUCAUUCCACAUGGUGUCUCGGUAGCCGUCUCCGCACCAGCUGUAUUCCGAUUUACUGGGCCUUCAAAUCCGGAUCGUCAUCUGGCUGCAGCAGAAGCAUUUGGCGUUGACAUUUCAAAUGUCAAGCAGGAAAGUGCAGGAGAGGUUCUGGGAGAAGCUAUCGAAAAGUUUCUGGCUGGAUUGGGUGACCAGCCAAAGGGGUUGAAAGACCUUGGGUUCAAGAGGGAACAUUUGGAUGAUUUGGUAGAAGGAACGAUUCCACAAGCGAGAGUGCUAAUGUUGGCUCCUGGGUUGGCGGCGGAGGUCAAUGAGGAGAGAGAGCAGUUGAGGAAUUUGUUUGAGGAUGCUAUGGAGCAUUAG